AUGAGCGGCGCACCGUCGGGCUCCUCCUCGGGAGGAGCGCCUGCCUCUGUCUCGCCUUUGGAUCAAAAGAAAAAAGAGUACGAGGACACGCUUCUUCGUCUCACCCUGUGCAACGACGACCGCCUCCCCGCCGUCCUCGACAAGCUCCUGCCAAUGGCCUUCAGAGAGCUCGCCUUGUGCCCUCCUCCUCUCCUCCCAAAGGUGAUUGAAAUCGUGAAUCAUUGCCUGCACAGGGUGCGAGGCACCACGUCGAUGCGCCUGCCUCUCUCGGCUCUGAUCGAGGCCUGGAUCGAAGCUGAGCGCAGUCGACAGGCUGCUCGGCCGCAGCCCAAUGCGACCGUGAUGAAGAAUGUGCUUCUUCUCUUCCUCUCUCUCGCCGUCGAACGCGCCGACGUCGAAGAGAAGCUUUCCGCUUCGGAGCGCCUUCUCGCCGCCUUCCCGCUCUUCUUCCCGGUCUCCCACGCGUCUGCCUUUCUCCUCUUGUGCGAGUGUCUGUGCAGUGCUGCUACUUUUAAUCGACUGAAAGAGAAGGCGAAGAGCCUCGCCGCAAAGAAGGAGGUUGACGGCGUCACCUUCCAGCACUUUGCCAAGAUCCUCGCUGGACCGCCGUCCUCGACAGGAACGCCGCAAGAUACUUGUGCGCAACCUGCCUCGGCCGUCUCCGCCUCUUCGUCUCAAACCCCGAUUACCACUCAAGCCUUCGUCCAUGCAUGCGUGGAAUUCCUUCUGUUUCCUCCCGGCCUUCCCCAGUCUCUCGCGUCCCUUCCGUCUGCCGCCUCUGCCUCGUCGGACUCGACUGCAUGCGCGAAUCUCCCGGGCCUUUCAGUGGAGGCAGCUCGAGCUUGGCUGCAGCGUCUUCGUGGGAAGUCGCGCGAGGAGAUCUGCGCUUUGCAGGCUUACUUGGUGCGUUUUUUGAUUGAAAUCACGCACUUUUCGUCGCUCUACGCAGUCGAAGAGCGCAGAAAGGAGGAGCGGAGUCGCGACGACGAAGAAACGCACGAAGAGGCUCUACAAAACGGUCGCGUUUCCCCAGGACAAGUCGCUGACGAGAAAGACGCAACCUGCGCCGUGCCCGCGAUCAUGUUCGCGCCGCUGCUCGUCGCCUCCUGUCUCCCCUUCGACGCCCUCGCCUCGCCGGCAGAGACCGCGACGGCGCGUCUGGGAAUCGCCGUCGACCGCGGAGAUCCGGUGCUCCUCUUCUUCCUCUUCAACUUGAUCUCUUCGCAGCCCGUCCUCCCUGCCUCUGUCUCCUCGUCAGCCACCGAGAAGGCGACGCACUUCUUCGCGCCUCCCUUCGCCGAGUCAGGCCGUCCCCCGCCGCCUCCGAAACUGCACUCGAAGGUUCUUCAAUUCCUCGCGACAACGCGAGAAGCCGCCGCUCUUCCCUACUGGAAAAAUGUUCUCUCUGUCACCAUGCAAAUCCUCGUGCCUCCGCUCCUCUCGUCCGCUUCAUCCUCUUCGCCUUCUUCAUCUUCCUCGUCAGCUCGUGGCUGGGAUCUGUGUCGGCCGGAAGUGAAAGUUAAAGCUUUGCACCUGCUGCUGUCUUGCGUCCAGCGACAAGCUUGGUUCUCAGAGGAGGCGCAUGCAUGCGCGUCUUCGCCUCUUCAGGCUUCUGCGGCAGCGCGAGAAGCCGCGGGUGGAGGAGAGCGCGGGACGGACGGCGAGCAGCCAGGAAACGAAGGAGACGAGGCACGUCGGGAGGAGACAGGGCGUGAAGAGCGCGGCGCUUCCGGGGGCAAGGACGCGCGCGGGGGCGGCGAGACUGAGCCCCCAGAGGCGAUGCUGAAGAGCGAAGACCGGAGGCUGCUCCCGCUCAGUCGGGCGACUGAGGAGCGAGCCUGCUUGUUGCUGGAGGCCAUGCUCUGUCUCCUCGCCUGCUACGUUCGAGAGACUGUCGCUCACUGGCAGCAGGCCGAGAAGAACCGCCUGAGACAGCCGCACCCACAGGUGUCUCCAAGUGUCUCCGCCGCCCUCGCUGCCCCACCCCCAGGCGGCGUCGCUCCCAGUGCAACUGCGGCGUCCGCCGAAGCUUCGGAAGUGAAGGCCCGAGGCGAGUUGCUGCUGCUGACUCUAGAAAUCCUCGCCACCCUCACGCGCGUCGCUCCUGCGUCUCCUCUUCCUUCGUCUUCCUCCUCGUCCGCCGCUUCGGUUCGUGCGUCGGCGGAAGUCGGGGAGUGUGAGCCCUCGCUCGCGACGGAGCGAGAUCCGCCGGGCGACUCAGGGGCGCGCGGCCUGGCCUUCCAGGCUUCGCUGGCUUCCCUGGUGAGUUCGAUUUCUUCGCCCGGCUCGCCGCCUCUCGGAGCGUUUCGCUUUUCCUUCUUGCACGACGGCGUGCUCCGCCUCUCGACUCUGGCCUUCUUUCUGCUCCGGGAAUGCGCGAAAAGCGAACAGCUGUGGGGCGCCGCAGCGCGCGUCUCCGGCGAGGUCCCCGCCCUAAAGGGCGGGCGAUCUACGCAGCGCCGGAGCGGCGCGUCGUCUCUGCCUUCCCUCGUCCCCGCCCUCCUCCAGACGCUCGAAGGCUGCGGGGACUGGCUAGGGAGACGCCUAGAGGGAGAAGAACGCGCACGCGGCGAGACGCGUCGACGGAACGCGAGCGACGAGGAGGCGAGCGACGAGGAGGCGCGGCUCGGCGACUCCGGGGCGCAGCGGGCACAGACCAGACGGGACUGCGCGGCGGCGUGGCUGUCGACUCAGCUGCUAGAGAUCCUCGACGCCAACCUGUUGUUUGUGCGUGACCCGUCGGCGUUUGCAGAACACGAAAAGCGCCGGGAGAAGCGUCGAGGCGCCGAGCCGAGCUGGCGUGUCCUCCUGGGAGAGGCGAGCACAGACGGCGAGCGACACGGCGAGACCAGCGACGUGGAAAUGGACGACGCUCAAGCGACAGGCGUGACUACGCGAAUCCUCCACGCGCUCGAACAGGAACUCAUUCGAUGGAGCACGCGCAUCUUCCCGCCUACGCAUCCUGCCUUCAGCCUCGACAGCGCCACGCGCGACUUGGCUGUCUCUCGCGUGGAACAGUUUCCUCAAGCUCAGCCGACCCUUCGCGACGUCCUCGCCUUCGCCCUGCCGCGCCUCGCUCCGGGCCUUGCUGGAGACACUGGAGACCCCGCAGACGCUCGUCCCUCGUCUCUGUCUCGCGCGUCUCCGCCGUCUUCGCUCUCGGGUGUCCCCUCGCCCUCUUCGUCGAGCGCGGUCCGCGGUUUUCGCCUGCCAGAGUCCGCGCUGGGAGCCUCGCUGGCCGCGCCCGUGUGGCAGGCGUGGCUCCGCCAUUGGCGCGCGGCGAGUCGGCGCGUUCUCGGCGAGGCCGACGGCGAGACCGGCGACGCGCUCCCCCCGGUCACUGCGUCUCUCCUUUUGCCUUUCUGCGCGUAUUUCCUGCGACUCCUCCAAGAGAGCAGCGAUGCGACAGCUGCCUUCUCUCGCUGCAACCGCAACCUCCCACGCGCCGAAAGCCGAGGGAACAUGGCAGAGAACAGGAAAGAGAACAAGGAAGAGGAAGCGACUGAAGAUGAACCAGAAGGAAUUUAUGUGCCUACUGAGCGCGUGAAGCGUCUGUGCUUGGAGCGACGCGACGCGUCUCUGGACGGAGAGAAGAAAGAGGCGCGACACGGCGCGGAAGAUUGCACGCCCGCUUCGCCUCUGUCGGCUCCGCUCGCGUCUUCACCCCUCCCUGCGGCGCUCUGCCGAACGCUCCAAGAUUAUUUUCGCCUCCUCUUCCUUCUCCGGCUCCUCCUCUCGCUCACCGAGAACCCCCGGCCGCGCCGCCCGGAUCUCUCGACUCACGCCCGUCUCGCCUCCGUCCGUUUGUACUGCGAGACUGUUCUCCAUCUUCUUCGAGCGUGGCAGACGCUCAUCCUGCCCCAGCGGCCUGAGUCUGGGGCGUCGAUGUCGAUUCUGCAUCGCGCUGCGGAAACGCCGGGGCGCCCGCAUGAAGACGCCCCGCCGCCUGCUCGCACCCUUCCCACGCCCCUGCGCGUCUUUCUUCUUCUCCUUCAGGCUGAUUUCCCGCUGCUGCAAAACUCCGCGCUCUUCGCAGAGAUCCGAGGAGACGCAGAGCCGCCCGCGACGGCUCAAGACGCUCUCCUGCGCGGAGCAGACGAGGCGGCCGGACGGAAGCGUCGGCAGGUAAACGGCGACGACUUCGAGACGCGGAAACUGGUUGCGAAACUCUUUGCGAGAACUGCGCAGCUCGUUCAUCGCUUUCAAGUCGGCGACGGAGCGGCGUGGAAAGAGCCUCGCGCAAGCACGGACUUUUCCACUGUCGACAAGGCAGAGAGCAGCCCGCCCGUUCCAGUCGCGUCGUUGUCGCCGUCUCUUCCUCCUGCGCGCCCUUCCUGGUACCUCGUCGAGGCGCUGCGCUACUUUCGGGGAUAUCUGGAAGACGGCGAAGUUCAUCUCUCUCGGCUUCCCCCUGGGAGAUCAGAGAGUCCGCCGCGAGACGCCGACGCGGCUGAGCAAGCCGGCGCUGUCUCUUCGCUGCCCGAUCUUGCCGCGACGCUGCUUUCUCCAACAGAGCGCAAAGGCGUGCCCGAGGAAAUUCAGCUUAUACUCGAGCUCGCCCCAGCGCAGAAGCCGACGCGCGGGGCGCCGCAGGCCCUCGGGAGUCUGUUUGCUCUCGGCGAGCUGAUGGCGGUCUGCGGGCUGGCGUCGUCGUCGAUCGACGACGACGAGGCAGGGGCGGGCGAGAAGAUUGAGUCAAGCGUGGGGGAGAAGGGGAGAAACACCCGCCAGGUUGAAGGCAGCGAAGGAGACGAAGGGACAGAGAUGAGCCUCGACGUUUCGUCCGGGGAGUAUCCCGAGGAGGUUCACGCCUGCGUUUGCGCGGUCGUGCGCCACGUGCUGCGCUGGGGCGAGGUGUACACUGGCAAGCGAGCGCGGCGAGUGGGAGGCGAGAGGAACACAGACGAGGCCCCGUCGGAGACACCGAGUGACGGCCUCGCACACACGGGUUUGCCUAGAAGAGACAAAGCACUCGACAAAUGGGAGGCUGAACUCCUCAGUGGCAGCCUGUCAGCUCUGGCCGACAUUUGCGUGCGCCGGGCGUCGGUUGUGGCGCGCGCCCUCGUGGAGAUGGAAGAACUCGGAAAGCGCGUCGAGGGCGGGAAGACGAGACCCAGAGAGGAAGCAAAUGCAGAAAGGAAGAAAGAAGCGGACUCCCUGGAAAGCCUCGUUUCCUUCCUCGACGCAAUCGUCCGCCAAGCUCUUGCUGUCUCCGUCGACGAAGCAACUGGAGAUCUACGACCUCUCACAACCUCUUCGCAGCGGGCAGCGCUCGCAGUCUGCAAGUCUGCCUGGUUCUCUCUCGCAGCUAUCGGCGCGUUCACCUCGCGGGAAGCCUUGGCGCAGGCCCCGAAGUCGCGCAUGCAGAGUGGAAGCCAGGAGCUGGAGGAAAGAGAGGAAAUCAGAAAACGCAUGCACGACGAGAGCCCUCGCCGCAGCGAAGAAUCUGCCGGCUUGUCUCCAGACGAACGCGUCGAAAAGGCAAGCGAACUCGGCCCUCACGCCUCGGCUUCUGCGCUCUCGGAUGAGGCUCAGAUUCCAGAUUUGUUUGUGCGAUGCCUAGCGGCUGCGCUUCGGGAAGGCGUUCACCGAGCGCCUCUCGUCCGAGCGCAUUUGGCGCUUGCUGCCUGCCGGCUCUUCGCAGGCGCCUCUGCGCGCUGUGCCGAGGAGGUUCUUCGUCAACUUCUCUUCCUCGGCCUCGGCGCGUCGGUUCUUCCGCAGGCGUCCCAGCCCUCGCCAGCCUCCCCAGCCUCUUCUGCUUCCCCAGCCUCCUCUUCUUCAACUGUGUCAACUUCUGCUGCAUCUGGUCCGGCUUCUCGCGAGGACGUUUUCCUUGUUGUGGGGUCAGGAGACGCGCGUGCGCGACUCUUUUUGGGCGCGUUCGCGCCUGCGCAGAUCGACGCUCUGGCGGGGACUGCUGGCCUUUGUCUCGCGUCUGUGCUCCUCCACGCGCCGCGCAAACUCGCCCGUUUCUCCGCGUUCCUCGCCCCCUGUCAGCGCUGUCUCCUGCGCAUGGCGAACCAGCCUGACGUCCUCGUCGGCGCAGCCGGUUGGCGAGGUUUGAGUCGCCUGGCCCUUGUCGCCGUGUGUGCCGACCUCGUAGGAGAGCAAGCAGCCGGUCGCCGCGCGCGGCGAGAACGGGGAGAGAGGAACUCGGAAGACACAUCCGGAGACAACCGCCCCUCUCUCAGCGAAAGAAGCCAGAUGCAGGAGGAGGUUUCAGGAAACACACUUGCGGAACAGGAACCCUCCUCUUCUUCUGAGCCUCUCGCGUUUGACAGCUUGCUCAAGGAUCUGCUACACUCGCUGCCGACACAGAGCCGAGGCGCGCAUGCGCAGCAUCUUCAGAUGCAAGGUUUCUCGCUCGCGUCAAUGAAGAAGGAAUCGCAUCGAGAAGGGACGGGCAAGACGGACGGCGAAGAGGAGCACGAGACGCAGGGGGCGAGUCUCUGCUGCACAGUGGACGCCGAGAGCGCCGCCGCGCGUCUGAAGCUGCUCCGUCAGCUUGUGACGGUCGCGAGAGAUCUGAAGAAUCCUCCGCUCAUCUACGUCCUCCUCGACCAGCCGCAGAGAGAACAGACCCUUUUUCUGCAGGCACCCCUGGUUCUCGCCUUCGACUUCCUCAGAGGCUUCAGCUCCAGAAUGAAGCUUCGAGAGGACACACAGUGCGGCGGCAGAGGACGCACGGUUGACGAGAGGCACGCAACGCUGGCGAGAAAGGAGGCGGAGAACGGGAAAGAGACAGAGUACGGGAAAGAACAGCAGUUUGGGGGUAACAGCGAGACAGGGCCGGAGGUCCACGGAGCGGGGACGUUGGAGCGCAGCAGAGGUUUCCCGCGGGACAAAGGCAUUGCAGGCGAGGAGUGUGGAGGAACUGCGCGGGUUUCGAUGGAGAAAGCAGAGAAGAAACUGAUGGAGGUAUUGUGCGCGACGUCGCCGAACGACGCGCUCGCCUCGGCCCUCGCAGUUUUCAUCUACCACAGAGACGUGCGCGUGCGGGAGACUGCCAUCCUGAGUUGCCAGAGUCUCUUUGGAUUUUCCUCCGUCCCCGACUGUCUCGAACAGGCGCGUGCGCGCGACGAAGUGCGCGCCAGAGAGAAACACCUGGAGAGACGGUCGCAGGAGGCGCGAGGCCAGACGCGGUCGCGCCACACAGACCGAGGCGCACGCGACCGAGCAGCCGGAACGGACGGAGAGGACGCGGAAGGAACGGCGGAAGAGAGGGUGGCGGGAGACGCAAAGGCGAAGGAAGAGAGGGAGACUGAGAGAGAAGAAAGCAAAGUUUUCAAGCGUCUCGCAAGAAGUUUCCUCGCGGCUCUGCAAGGAAGCGAUCCGCUGCGCAGAGAGGCUGCCUGCAAAGGAGGCGCCGCCCUCUUCAAAUGGGGCCGUGCGUGGAUCGACGUGCGGGAGGUGCUUGAGGAGACGUGGACGAGUUUGGUGCGUUGCCUGGACGAUUUGUGUGAAGAAGUUCGCGUCGCGGCCGGGCCACUCUCGCGCUCAGUGAAGCUGAUGACCCUCCGCGCAUGCACGCCGAAGCUUCAGGGCGAGACGGCGGCGCAAGAAGCCGUCGAAAAAACUGUCCCUCUUCUUCAGCAUCUUUGCGACAUCCACAGCGGCAACAAAGAGUUGCGCGUCUUCUUGCUGGAAGUUUUGCGGGCAUGUCUUUCGUCUUGUGGGCACUCCGUGGGGCCUUGCCUCCCCACAGUUGUGCCCUUUCUGGUUGACGCGGUCGCCGCCUUUGAGCCGCGCUCGUUAGCCCACUUCCAGUUCCACGCCGAGAAAAUGUUUGGCAUUUCCGCCUCGCGAUUCGAGCAGCUGCGUGUCGACUUCAGCAUGGGCGGCGCCACGGCCAGUCUCCUCAAGUCUGUGGUCCGGUACAUCACGCCAGAAAUUCUCUCAAAGUUGGUGCCUGCUUUGCUCCAGCGCUUGAGGGCGAGUGUCGGGUCGGCCAGCCGUUGCAGCGUGUGUAUGCUCCUGACGUGGACGAUCACCGAACACUGUGGAAGUGGAACUGGCGUUGUUCGCUCUUCCUCGUCUGUCUCUGGAGUCGGUGAGGACAAGGGAAAGGGAGCGGAGAGGGGAGAGGCGAAGUUUGCGAUUUCUCCUCCAGACGCGAAGAAACUGCUCAAAGGCUUGGCAAGGGCCUUGACUGACAAUUCGCCCCCCGUGCAGAAAGCGGCGGCGACGGCGCUCGCGGCUGUUAGUCGAUUCGUCGACGACAGUCAACUCGGAGAGCUGGUUCUUGCGCAACUCCUGAAGCCGAUGGGGAGCGAAGGAGUCGACAGCGACGCGGCGGGCAGCGCAGAGGCGAAGCGGCUCGAGGCGCGUCUCAGUGCAGGCAGAGCCCUUUUGGAAGUCUGCAAGCGCUGUGCGGAGCGUCUCAUGCUGCCGGCGAUCCGAGGGCGCAUUGCCGCGCGAAGCUUCGUUUUGUCUCACGUUGCGACUGGCGAGAAGCGCGGCGACCGGGAAGUCUGGACACUGCUCUUCUCCGAGGUCUCCGGCGCCUCCGACUGCGUCGCCGUGCAGCGGUUUCUCGCCUUCAUUCUCGGCGACCUGCGACACUUGCUUGAGAGCCCGUGGCGCGAAGACAAAGUCGACGCUGCAUGCGCGCUCCAGGCCGUCUGCCGGCUCCUGUGGCCCAUCUGGAAAGACAUGGGAAGGCGCAAAUUCAACCCUGCAAGAGAACGCAUUCCGCAAGAGGACGCCGAGUCGCUGGUGAAACUGCAUGCGCUGUUGACUACCACCCUGUCUUCUUCGUCUUCUUUCGAGGGCAUCUCCGCUCUCGCGUGUGCUCUCUUGGAUCUCAACGCUCUCGUUUUGACGCUCUUUACUGCCCGGGCGGCGGCGUCCUUCGCGUUUCUCCUCUCGGACGCGAGGCAGUCGGUCUCUUCCGCGUCUCCAGCGGGCGAUGCGCAAACCGGCACCGAGGCGCACCGCGACGCAGCGGAGAGUGAAGAAGAGAAGGCGCUGGCGGCCAGGAGCGAGGCUUCCGUGAAGGUCGUGCUGCUGAAGACCACUCGAGCAAAGAGCGUGACAGACAAAACGAAAGUCGUCGAGCAUCUCCCAGAGUUCCUGCGCGCCGUGCCGCGCGACUGGCUCCGCAGUUUGCCUUUCCAGCAAUUUCUGGACCUCCUCAACGCGGCUCUGGACCGUCUGGCGGCCGACAAGAAGCAGGAAAACGACGAAGAGGAGACAGGAGACGCGGGAGAGGGCGAGGCUGACCAGCCGACGCGCACGUGGAACGUCGCGCCUAGAGACGAGGGCACUCUCGUGGGGUGUCUCCGAUCCUUCUACGUCCUCGUGUGCCUCGACAUUUGCGCGAGGACAGGUCGCCUGGAGGAAGAGGGAGACGCUGAGAUGCCAGCCUUCAGAGAACUCAGCGUCUACGGCUUAGAAAGCGAAACUCGAGAAGCCGGAAAGGCUCCACAGGAGAGCGGCGCGUCAAAAGGUUCGCAGUCUGUGCUCGCCGAGAGCUUCGGCUAUCCUUCGUUCUUCGCCUCGCCUGGUCUGGUUCCAGCGUGGAACAACCACCUUGCUCAUCUGCAUGCACCCGAAAGCGCGCACGCCCAACAGGGGAGAGAAGGACAGAGUGACGAGACAAAGCCUGCAAAGAAAGGAGAAGAGACAGAGGACCAGGACUGGCCACAAACAAACGCGAACAGCUAUGAGCACCCAGGCUUCACAACCCUCCUGCAGAGACUUCGAGGCUACCCUACGGGCUCCGUCCAACUCAGCGUCGAUCUCCUCGCUCUGACUCAGCAGGCAGUUCUCUCUCUCGCUGUCCUUCGGCUUCCACUUCUCUCGGUUGCCUCCAAGGCGGGGACGUGGACUUUCGUUUUCGGUAACAUCAUGCGCCUGCUACAACAACGCCGAUUCGUUCGUCUCACGCUCUCCGCCGCCGACCUCCUCGAAGCCUUCUGCGUGCAUGCAACCCUCCUCUCGUCCACCCCGUCUUCUUCAGCUUCCUCUUCUUCCUCUCCUUCUUUGCUUUCCGGCGAAGCCGCGUCUCUGUUGAUGCUCGACUGGCCGAUGUACAGACGCGCCUUGACGCGCGCGCAGUUUCUCGCAGGGACGGUCCUCGGCGGAGGGAAGGGCGAGGGAGACAGCGCUGCGCCGUCUCCGAACACGGAGGCGGAAUGUGGCGAAGGCUUUAGAGAUCCGUUUGCCUUCACAUUUGUCUCUUCGGCCUCGCUUUGGCACCAGUUCUUGUUGAUUCUCUCUGACGCACCGAGCGAAAGAGACAGCGAACUCGGGCCCGAAGAACGCGACGGAGACGCACGAGUCGCCAUUAUGCGCAGAAGACUGAAAGAGAAACUCAGGGCCCUCAGUGCGCUCUGA